AUGGCCAGCAAAGCCAUUCCCCGACCCGCUCCCGAUCCCCCGUCCUGGUACCUCUCACCCAGCGACAUCACCGACCGCUCGGCCAACCCCAUCGGCCGUGGUGGCUUUGGCGAGGUCUUCACCGGCACAUACUUUGGCUCCAACGUCGCCAUCAAACAGCUCCUCGGCACAUGCAACAACCGAGAGCUCGCUGACUACAACCACGAAAUCGAUAUCUGGCAGAAACUCAGCCACCCCAACAUCCUGCCUCUGCUCGGUGCCUGUGACAAAGACGAAGACGGCAACCCGAUCCCUCCCUUCAUGGUCUCGCCGUUCAUGCCCAACGGCACCCUUCGCAACCAUGUUGCCAAUAACGACGUCCCACUCGAGGAGAAGCUCCGUCUCCUCUUCCAAGCAGCAUCUGGAAUGGCUUAUCUUCACGGCCGCCGCAUCAUCCACGGCGAUCUCAAGGCUGCCAAUGUCCUCCUGGAUGCCUCGUUCAAUGCCGUCGUCACCGACUUUGGAAUGUCCCGCACCAAACACACCUCUGCCUCAUUGAAUCCCAACAAAUCCAAUUCCCUGAACGGCGGCACCGAGGGAUACAUGGCCCCCGAGAUGCUUGAUGAAGAUGACCCCAGUGGCACCACCAUGAAGACCGAUGUUUAUGCCUUUGCCAUCACCAUGUAUGAGGUUCUCAACGAUGCCAAGCCCGUUUGGGCUUCUCGAGAUGGCCACCCAAUGAAGCCCUUCCAGAUCUUGUCGCAGCUCCUCCAACGCAAGCGCCCCAAGCGGCUCGAUGGCAUCACUGACGACAUAUGGGCCCUCAUCGAGCGCUGCUGGGCCCACAACCCCUCCGAUCGCCUGUCGUUUCGGGAAAUCCUUGCGGCCCUGCAG